ACCAACCCUUCCGAUUCACUGCACGACGGGCCCCACAAGUCAGUGACGCUACGCGGUAGAGGCGAAGCGGCAAACGAGCGGAAAAAGGGUUUUUGGUUGCGAGAGCGAGACGCACCCGCCGCCGCUGCCGCCGCACAUCUCCCUCGCAUCGCAAGCUCACCGGAGAAGCGCAAGAAGAGAGAGAGAGAGAGAGAGAGAGAGAGGGAGGGUAAGAGGAGGAGGAGGAGGGGUAGGCGAGGGAGAUGGGCGCCGGGGAAGGGGAUGCCGCCGCGGGCAACAAGGAGAAGGGCGGCGGCGGCGGCGUGGACCGGACGUCGCUGGACGGCGUGCGGGACAAGAACGUGAUGCAGCUCAAGAAGCUCAACACGGCGCUCUUCCCCGUCCGCUACAACGAGAAGUACUACCACGACACCAUCGCCUCCAAGGAGUUCUCCAAGCUCGCUUAUUACAGCGAUAUAUGCGUCGGGGCGAUUGCGUGUCGCCUGGAGAAGAAGGAAGGAGGAGCAGUCUGUGUUUAUAUCAUGACGCUGGGGGUACUGGCACCGUAUCGUAGUCUUGGGAUCGGAUCGAAGCUGCUGAACCAUGUGAUAGAUCUGUGUGAGAAGCAGAACAUCCCUGAGAUAUACUUGCAUGUUCAGACGAACAACGAUGAUGCCAUUGCUUUCUACAAGAAGUUUGGGUUUGAAAUUACGAAGACGAUAGAAAAAUACUAUAAAAACAUCACGCCGCCAGAUUGCUAUGUUCUUACCAAAUUUAUUGGUCAGGCUGCUACAAAGAAAUGAGCAACCGCCAACACUCUCCUUUUGUGACAAUACCACCACCACCACCAAGUCGUGGGGAGAUAGUUGUGAUCUUGUCGCGGUUUCUGCUGUGUUUUCACUUCAUGGGUGCUAACAUUAUUACAAAACACUCGAGAACUAUAGUAGCCUUUGCUACAAGCACUGAGGUAUCAUUCACAUUGACUGUUUCCUUUACCCCCCAUGAGCAUGAGUGUUUUUCUAUUUGUUUGCAGAUUUUACCCCUUGUUCUUGUGAAAUCAUCUGUUUGUUGUGACUUGUGAGUGUAUGUCACCACAGGUAAUUCCUGUGAACUUAUGUCCAUGCUCACGCACGCAUAUUCGACUCGAAUAAUCCAGUAUAUGUACUCUCUUUGCUUCA